AUGCCUUUUGCGCAGCUAGUUCUGGGCAGUCCGGGCUCCGGAAAGAGCACGUACUGCGAUGGCAUGCACCAGUUCAUGGGCGCCAUUGGUCGCGCAUGCUCUGUGGUGAACCUCGAUCCCGCGAACGACCACACAAGCUACCCGAAAGCGCUUGACAUCCGGGACCUGGUGAAGCUGGAGGAUAUCAUGGCGACGGACAAGCUGGGUCCGAAUGGCGGCAUUCUCUACGCCCUGGAAGAGCUAGAACACAAUAUGGAGUGGCUCGAGGAAGGGCUGAAAGAGUUCAGCGAAGACUAUAUUCUGUUUGACUGCCCGGGACAGGUCGAGCUAUACACACAUCACAACUCGCUGCGCAAUAUCUUCUUCAGGCUACAGAAGAUCGGUUUCAGGCUUGUCGUAGUACACCUCUCCGACUCGUUCUGCCUAACCCAACCUUCGUUGUACAUCUCGAACCUGCUCCUGGCCCUCCGCGCCAUGCUCCAGAUGGACAUGCCACACAUCAACGUCCUGACCAAGAUCGACAAAGUGGCCUCCUAUGAUAGCCUGCCCUUCAAUCUCGAAUAUUACACCGAUGUUGACGACCUGUCGUACCUGAUUCCCUACCUCGAGGAGGAAUCGCCGGCGAUGCGCAACGAAAAGUUCAGUCGACUGAACGAGGCGGUCUCGAAUAUGAUUGAGAGCUACAGUCUGGUCCGUUUCGAGGUCCUCGCCGUGGAAGACAAGAAGAGCAUGAUGCAUCUCCUCCGAGUGAUCGACCGAGCAGGAGGAUACGUUUUCGGAAGCGCUGAGGGUGCGAACGAUUCCGUCUGGCAGGUCGCCAUGCGCAAUGAGUCGGCCAUGAUGGAAAUCCAGGAUAUCCAGGAGCGCUGGGUCGACCGCAAGACCGAGCACGAUGAGCUAGAGCGGAAAGAGUGGGAGGAGCAAGCCAAAAUGCGGGAGGAGGAAGACCCGAGCGCGGGUCAGUCAUCGGCACAGCAGGCUGCGGCGGAUUAUGAUCCAGACUUCGGCGACAUGUCGAUACCCGCGGAUAGCGGUGUAAAAGUAGUGCGCAGGAACAAAUGA